UCGUCACUGCUGCUUCGUUGCGCUUGUUCGCCAGGCUCGCCAAGCAGUAUGAAAUGAGUCGCCGUGUGUUGUAGUUGUGUUGUUGGUCGUCCAGUGUACGCGCGUGUGAUAUCUUAUUAGAGGGGUUCAAAGGGUAGUAAAAACCGAAGAAAAUUUAAUGAAAGAAACGAAAACAAGUGUUGCGACCCCAGAAAAGCUAUAAGAAAUUAAAAAUUAGUAUUUAUGGGAUACAAUAAAGUAAAGUAACAACAAAAAUACGGCGCGAUAAAUUUUAUAAAAGUGUGUUAUGGAGAAUUAGAAAAAAAUUAACCCUAUAAAAAAUCUGAAAAUUACUCAAAAAGAUAUUUACUGUGUAAAAUAAAGCAUUUAGAGCUUGCAUUGAAAAACGCAGAGCGCCUAAUGGGCGAUUUCUAGUUGUGAGCUACUUACUACAUAUGCAAAAAUUCAUAAAGUGUUAAACGUUUUCUGGAUACCCAUGUACAUACAUUCAUACAUACAUCUCAGCGGCAAAUAAUUCAAUCUUUUCUACGCAAAUACUACAGCAACAAUUUUGUCGCCUUCUCCGUUCACCCAAAAGUGCCUGCGUGUCAACCCGUCUAUGUGUAGAAAAAAGGCAAACACACUCACUUGACUUAAAUGAGGAAAAACACCAACAGGCAUACGCACACACACACACACACACACACACUGGCAUAUCAAGGGGUCGCCCUUUUUUGUCUGACUCAAGUCGAAAAGCAACAGGCGAAAGCAGAGCGCUGCUCACGUUGGCAGCGACAGCAACGGAAUUUACCCUCUAUGUACAAUAAAUCUCUGUGGUUUGAGAAAUAUUGUUCGUUGUUGUUGGUGGUGUUAUAUUAUUGUUGGACUUGUUGUUAUUGCAUUCGCACAAACACAGUCAAACUAUACGCCCGGUGGUGUGAAAAGGAGGCAAAGUUAAAAAGUCGACCGCUUUCGCACCCCUCCGCUCCCUUUGCUCAACAAAAGCGCACAGCAAGGGUGGUACAUAUACAUACGUGCAUAUAUGCAUAUGUGCAUAUAUACAGGUAUAUAAACAAAUAUGCAUACAUACUUACAUACAUAGAGACAUAAAACGAAAUUGAAUAUAUCCGAUCGUCAGGCGCUUUUGUAGCCUGCGCGUAUGAGUAACUCAAAACGAGCGCACGAACCGAUCAGCAAGCAAAAAAUGGAACCGACGAGUCCCAGUCGUGUAGCAAAUAUCUACUACAUUUAUACAUAUGUACAUAUGAAUAAAAAAUAAAAUAAGCAAAGCCAUUGGGGCGGCGGCGGUGGUGGUAACCACCAAGUUUUUAUUUUUUUUUGGUUUUUUGCUACGCUGCUUUUACGCCUCCUUCGCCUGUAGGACGUUGCCGUGCAAACACACAAACAUACACAUACUGACAUACACGAAUUUCGAGUACGGACGAUCGCCUUGCCUUGUCUCGUUUCGUUUCGUGACGCUUCGUUAAUUCCCCUUCGUUCGUGUCCACGUCGUCGUCAUCAAACGGGACGCGUCGUGAGCGUGGCUGAUUGUAUUGAGUAGCUGGCGGCUUGUUGAUUGCUGAUUGUUGCUUUUGGUGGUGGCGUCGACGGCAGGCGUUGACGCUGCUAUUCGGGGCGGUGGUGGUAAGCAGCGCAGGAGAGCCGUAACCAACAGGCAUUCACAUUUGGUGCCUGCGCGUGUAAGGACGUAUUGCUCCUCGUUGAUUUGCGCAGCUCACUCAAGCCGUAUAUAUUUAAGUAGUACAUACAUAUCUACAUGAACUCAUCAGUGAUUACAAAAACAAGACAAGUACAUUUGUAUAUAAAAAGUGUAGAGCUUUUGAAAGCAACAACAAAUGUGCAUAAGUGGGGAAUAAAAAUAAGACAAAUAAUUGCUAUUUUUGCUGAUAAAGGAAUUUCAGACGAAAAGUGAAAUAAAAACGAAAAAAAAAAAUUUAAUGUGAAAAAUAUAAUUGCGAGAUAUCUACAUACAUAUUUUGGUGCAUCAAAGAGAUUAUUCGAAUUCGAAAUUUAAAGAAAUGGAAGUGUAUUCUCUUGAAGAAAAAAACUUACGCAGAAUUAAGUCAACAAAGUCAUCACAGUUUGAAAAAAGGAUUUUAAGUGCUUAAAAACAAAAAUACAGCAACCUACAAGACAAAUAAAAAGCGCUAAUUGGAAAACUCGUGAGCGUGGAUCUUUAAAAUCAAGGAAUAUUUGAAAAACAUGUACAACGUUUGAAAGGAAAAAAAGGAAAACGGACUAUUAAUCGACUUGCAAUCGAAGAAGACACACAAAAGUGACGCAUCAUAAAAUUUCGGCAGCUGCUGAAAGGCUCAAGAAUUUCUUGUAUCCUUAUAACUUAAAAGGAACGGCAAGGAUCUAUCAAACCCAAUUGCGACCGUGCAGUACACCACGCAUUGGCUAAUCAACGUUUCUGCUGGCUACAUAGCCAUAGUCUGGCGCAAUUACUCACACAUUUUUCAAACAUAAUUUUUGACUCCUCAGCGUUGUUGGUGGGUUGUGAGUAAAUCACAGCCAAUCAUCAUAUAUAAAAAGGCUUACAAAUGAAGAUGGCAUCCCAAAGAUUUUGCCUUCGAUGGAAUAACCAUCAAAGCAAUUUACUAUCUGUAUUCGAUCAGCUAUUGCACGCUGAAACGUUUACGGAUGUCACGCUGGCCGUGGAUGGACAAUAUUUAAAAGCACACAAGAUGGUUCUCUCCGCCUGCAGUCCUUACUUCAAUGCGCUAUUUGUCAAUCAUCCCGAAAAACAUCCCAUUGUCAUAUUAAAGGAUGUACCUUAUUCCGAUAUGAAAUCCCUGCUUGACUUUAUGUAUCGCGGCGAGGUGUCUGUCGAUCAGGAACGUCUUACCGCCUUCUUGCGUGUCGCCGAAUCGUUACGCAUCAAAGGUUUGACCGAAGUGAAUGACGAUAAACCAUCACCGGUCGAACCGACGCCACCGCCACCACAGCUACAACGCAUUCAACCAUAUUUGGUGCAACAACAACAGCAGCAACAUCAACGCAGCAAAUCACAGAAUAGCCUAUUGGCUGGCGGUUCAAGCGCUGGCGCUGGUGGUUUGGCUAGUGCCGCUGCAUUGGCUGCUGGUGGUGGUCAACAACAACAAUCGCUGCUUAGCUCAGCGCUGGCCUCGAUGCCGAAACGAAAACGUGGCAGGCCACGGAAAUUGUCGGGCAGCUCGAAUGGCACCGGCAAUGAUUAUGAUGAAUUCGAACGCGAUGGCAUGAUGAAUGACUCCGAGAUGGGCGAUUGCAAAAUGGGCGAUUCAUAUUCGGGCAAUGAUGAUGGCUCGGAUGAUAAUCAACGCGAUUGUGGCAAUAUGCGCGACCCUAGUGAGAGUCGAGAUUCUAUUUCCCAAAGCAAGAAAUUCAAAUCAAAAGACAAUAAAUCCAAACAACACGACAAUGACAACAGCACAUCUGUGCAAUUAAUUACCACAUCACCUGAACUAUCACAAAGGCUCUUUGGUUUGAUUAAGCCAGCAGCCACGGUUCAACCACAACCACAACAACAACAACAACAACAGCCACAGCAGUCACAAAAUGAUGCAACACAAACGACACCCACACAAGCAUCACUCCUACAACUUAACGAAGCUCAGGAUGCCACUACGCACUUACCCACCGCCUUGGGACUAAAGGUACGUAAUUCACUGCAAUUGACGGCUUCACCGCAAAAUCAGCAGCAACAGCAACAACAACAUAACAUCGCACAAAACACCAAUUCCCUGUUGAAGCAGCAGCUACGCGCCGGACUUAAAGAAAUUUCUACUAACAACGUGUCAAUUGAACCAAUAUCAAAUAAUAGUACCACUGAUUUCGGCUGCUCAGCGCUGCAAUCGCUUGCGAGUGUUGCUGAACGCCAAACGCCCAAUGCAAUACAGCCACCAUCGGCUAACAAUUUACACCACCAGUUCUUGCUCCACAUGGCUGCCAAUCCCAUGUUAAAGCCGAGCGCUGAUUUCUUCCGACAACAGCAACAGCAGGCGCAACAAAAUCUGCAUCAGCAACAACAGGAGCAAUUAGCUGCACAAGAACAGCAGCAGCAGCAGNCACAAUUAGCUGCCCAAGAACAGCAGCAGCAGCAGCAGCAACAGCAGCAACAGCAGCAACAACAAACGCAAGCCAAGCAGCAAACACAACCGCCAUCACAAUCAACGCAAUUGCUCGAACAGGAGCUGCAACGUGAGGACAGCAUGUCGCCCACAAAUAUGGAUCUCAUACUCGACCAGACAGACAAGUCAGAGCCAGAAUUGACGCUAGCCGAUGAGACUGCGGGUUUGGAUUACAAAAACGCCGACACAUCACAAGGCAACAUGGAUGAUGCAGUCGCCAUUACAACAAUAACAAUAAUUGAUGCACCAGACAAUGAGAAUUCGAAUGCAAAUGCGAAUUCGAAUUCGAACGCGGCUGAAGCUCUCACUACGACGGCGCGCUCAAGUGGCACCUCCCGGCGGCCAGUGCAACGACGGCGUAUACGACGCAAAGCGCAAUCUACAAUCGACGAUCAAGCGGAACACUUGACCGAAAUGUCGGUGCGUGGACUCGAUCUCUUCCGGUAUGCGCGCAUCAACGAAGGCGUCUACCAAUGCACUGAGUGCGCUAAAGAAGACUUGCAAAAGACGUUCAAAAACAAGUACAGCUUCCAGCGACAUGCCUUCCUCUAUCACGAGGGUAAGGUGCGCAAAGUUUUCCCCUGCACUUUGUGCGGCAAGGAGUUCUCGCGACCGGAUAAAAUGAAGAAUCAUCUAAAGAUGGCGCAUGAGAAUUUUGUGGCGCGUGAUGCGAACAGUUUCAAUCCGCUGAACUAUUUGAUUACGGCGGCAACGGCGGAGGAGAUGCAAACUGCAAUAUACACGGCGAGUGCUGCGGCACAACAACAACAGCAGCAGCAGCAACAACAACAGCAGCAGCAGCAACAACAACAGCAGCAGCAACAACAGCAGCAGCAGCAUCAACAACAGCAACAGCAACUAGCACAACAGCAGCACCAACAACAUCAGCAAAGGUCAAUCAUGCAAAAUGAUUACUUGGAUAACGGUAUCGGCGUUUUGCAUGCACCGCCACAGGAGCGUGACACAUCGAGGCCAACAUCGCCGAUGUCAGCAGUGUCAUUGCUAAAAUUGCAGAGUGAUUUAACCAUUAAAAAUGAAAUUGUUAUAUCACCGUCGCCAUCACCUGAACCGAUACUGACUGUGCCAGCGAAUGCUGCCGCGGCAUCAGCAGCAGCUGCAACAGUAGCAAAAACAGCAAAUAUGUCAAUGCUACAGGCGAAACGUAUAACACAAAGACUGGAAGAGGUUAAGUAAAAUGGGAUUUAUUUACAAAAAAAAAAAAUCUACUAAAGUAAGUUAGUUGCGGAUGUGGGAGUCAAAAGAAAGUUGCUAAGUACAGAGUGUUUAAGAAAAAUAAUUUUUAGUUAGCUUACAAACUUUUUUUUUUUUUUAAUCUAAAUAUUUUCGGUAGGCCGCAAAGUGCAACAAAUACAAAAUAGUAGUAGCUUUUGAUGUUGUGUCGUCAGUGUAAACGCAUAACUAAAGGGUCUGAUUUACAUAUAAAUAAAUAUUUAGUACAUAUAUGACAUAUAAGAAUUAAUACACAACAAAAAUCAACUCAUUUACUUAAAUAAUUUACAUACACGCAUACACGCAUAAUUAAAAAAAUAAUAAUCGUAAUUAAAUAAUGAAAUAUGCACAACUAAUAGUAAGCGAGACGCACAAAAGUUAAGCAUACAACAAAAAAAUACAAUUAACUUGGCACAAAAAGAUUAGAUUUUUUAGUUUUACAAUUAUGGUAUUAGUUUUGUUCGUCGAGCAAAAAAUUUGUACGUAUACGCAAAGUUAAAGUUCUCUUGUUAAGAAAAAUCACAAUACAUUUAAAUUCAGUUUUUUUCCAGCCAAAAGAAUUUUAAAAACUAUAAAAUCGUAUUAUGUUUGAAAUGCAACCGUGGACACCGGUUGGUAG